AGGAGAACGGGAGAAGUGACGGCUCCAACUGAUGCGGCACAAGGCACUUCCACCCCGUUUCCUGUGAUUGGGAGGCGCCUGCAGGAACCCAAGAGAAAGGGCCUUUUCUGGGACGUGAGCCCACAGCUGAGGGCGCCCAGGGCAGCAGCUGGCCUGCUCGAUAGCUGGCGGGGACCUCGUGCAUGCUCUCCGAUACACGGGAGGCUGAGUCACCGCAGGGAGGCCCCUGGGGAAAUACUCCCGCCCCAGCAGUCGCCGCACACCCCUCGCGCUCCUCCUCAGUUCAGAAGUCAGGAGGAGGAAGGAAAAGGCCUGCGACAGAACUGCCCAUGGCCGAGUGGUGCUAGCGCAGGGCUUGGGGUGUCUUCAUUGGGGGCUGCUUCGCUGGUCGCCGCCUGCCUGCACUCGGAGCGGAGCAGGGGGUGCAGCCAGCAGCGCGCACAGCAGGGAGGAUGGCCAGCCAGCGGCACGGCCCUCGGAGGGAGCCCGAAAUUGAGCUUUUUGUGAAGGCGGGCCUGGACGGUGAGAACAUCGGGAACUGCCCCUUCUGCCAGCGUCUCUUCAUGGUGCUGUGGCUCAAAGGCGUGAAAUUCAACGUGACCACGGUGGACAUGACGCGGAAACCCGAAGAGCUGAAGUCUCUGGCUCCAGGGACCAACCCUCCCUUCUUGCUGUUCAACAAGGAGCUGAAAACAGACUUCAUGAAAAUCGAGGAGUUCCUGGAGCAGACGCUGGCGCCACCGAGGUACCCUCACCUGAGCCCCAAAUACAAGGAGUCCUUCGACGUGGGCAGCGACAUCUUCGCCAAGUUCUCGGCCUACAUCAAGAACCCUCACAAGGAGGCGAACGAGAGUUUUGAGAGGGCUUUGCUGAGGGAGUUCAGACGCCUGGACGUCUACCUGAACAGCCCACUCCCCGAGGAGAUCGAGCAGGACAGCCGCGAGGAAGUGCCGGUUUCCAGCCGCAAGUUCCUAGACGGAAACAGGCUGACGUUAGCCGACUGCAACCUGCUGCCCAAGCUGCACAUCAUCAAAGUAAAGCCCCGAGCUCCAGGGGCCAGGCUCACCGGGCAGGCCAGGGAGGGCAAGGGCCUGCGGGAGUGGGACUUGGGCUCCUAAGUCACUUAGGCCUCCGGCCUCAAUUGAGACCAAUGUCCGUUAGGCACCGAGGGUCUGAGAAUCCCUCCCCCGUCAGCACAGGGCCCUGGGCCCUCCAGCUAGAGACCAGAGCCAGCUGAGACACCGUCCAAGUCCUGCUCACAAUGGCCUGACUCAGGCCUGGCUUUGGGCUGGCCUCCUGCUGCGCCGCAGGGGCGGUUAGCUGAACAGAGGGCUGGAGCGGCAGGCUGACAUGGCUGAGCUGGGGCUGAGCAGCAGACGGGUGCAUUUCACCCCAAGG